GGCUGUGCCUGGGCGCCUUAGGAGGAGGAAGCCCCGCCUUUCCCUCCUCCCCUGUCUCCUUGAGUACUCUCUUUCUCUGGAUUCUUUAACUCCCUGCCCUUGCCCUCUUCUAGAGAACGGAAGGGAAGAAGGAAGAAUUCGGGGCGCCUGCGCGCUAGCGUUUAGGCCAAUGGGUGGCUGGCGCAGAGGAGCGAAGUCGUGGCAGCCGCGCGCCCAGAAAAAGGCGGGAAACAGUAGAGGCGCGAAGCUCGCGCAUGCGUACAAGCCAACUGCCGCUAGGGCGUCUGAGCCCAGGGAGCCUCCUUCGCGUUCGCUCUGUGGUGCGAACAUGCCAUGAGACUGGGCUCUGGAAGCCUAGAGAAACAGCUCUUGGUCGUCAGUGCCGGAAAAAUCAAAGCCUUGGUGCCUCCUCGCCUCCCAAAGCACACAAGCAGCUCCCUCACCGAGGCACUGAUUACCCUUUAUCCUCAGCUCCUAGAGAGAGAGAGAGACCACCCUGGCCGCCUCCCUGGACUGCGGCCUCAGAGUGGGGCUGCGUUGCUUCCUGCCACUCCCAGGAAACGUCAACAAGUAACCCCUCAUUCCAUCGCUAAAACUCGGCUUGUCCCAUUCUGCACGCAGAAGUCUCGAGUUUGGAGGAGGCAGCUCAGGGCACCGCCGACUGCCCGGGAGGAGCCAGGGGAAGGGGCGGAGAAGUUCAGAAAUGGAAGCCCAGAGAGAUCAAAUGAAAUGUCCAAGUUCAUAAAGAGCCCCACACUCUGCCAUGAAAAGGCGCAGCCUGUCCGUCCCCUGGCGUCAGCGAGUGGCCCUGCCGCCCUCUGGCUCUCCGCCGAGCUGCCUGCCUUUGGAGCCCAGCUGCUCAGCUGCGUGGAGCCCAGGGGCCCCUGUGGAGACACAACACGAAGAGCAACCAAGGCCCCUGGGCAGCAACCAGUGUCUGCGGCCAGACAGCCCCUGCGCCUGGCGGCCCUGGUGCGUGCCCUGAGUGGGGCGGGGGCCCCAGGGGGCGCGAAGGCGCGGCGGCCGCUGCUGCAGCUGCUCACGGAGCACUUCUACGACGUGGAGGCGCUGAGGGAGCGCUGGCUGCAGAAGCGCCUGCGGAAGGUGCACCAGGAGAACCGCUGCUUCACGUCCCUGGAGGAGCGCUACGGCCCGGACAUCGCAGGUGCCGCCUUCGUCCUGAAGCAGGGAGGCGCAGUCAAGUUCCAGGACCAGGAGUGGAUCCGGCCAAACAAGCAUGGCCGUUUCUCCCUCAAGUUCCUGAAGUUCCAGAACGUUCCUGUGGAGGCUGUGGAUGCCAGUGGCUGUGCCAUCAACUACCACGGCCUGCGCAGCCUCCUGCCCUUGAAGGAGCUCCGGUCGCUGUGGCUGCGGCACUGCCCCCACGUGGACGACUGGUGUCUCAGCCGCCUGCACCCGCUGGCCGGGUCCUUGCAGGAGCUGUCGCUGGCUGGCUGCCCUCAUAUCUCGGAGCGGGGCCUCGCGUGCCUCCACCACCUCCAGAGCCUCUGCUGGCUGGACAUCUCGGACCUGCCUGCCGUGUCCAACCCGGGCCUCACGCGGAUCUUGGUGGAGGAGAUGCUGCCCAGCUGCCAGGUUCUGGGGGCUGACUGGACGCAGGGCCUGAGGCUGGGGCCCGAGCAGCAGCCGCGGGACACGGCCAGCCCCAGCCCUGCCUAGCCUGCAGCCGCGCCCACGCAGCGCACCGGAGCAGGCUGUGUGGGGGUCUGGUCGGCCUCCCUCAGCCUGGCGGAUCAGCAGGAGACAGGCGUGAGGUUGGGAUGUUUGUUCCUGGCUGCCCUCCUUCCCCUGCCAGCUCCUGCAAGGACCCCGAUGGACACAGCAGGUGCUGCCGACACUGAACCUGGAGGGUAGUGCAGUCCUGGGUCCCAGGGCAUUGGCAGUUACUGAGUCAUUCACUUUCAGCUCCCAAUUCACCAAUUUUGUCUGCUCUGUGACUGUGUCUGGGCCUUUGAAAUCUGUGUUGCUGCCUGGCAUGAUGGGUCUUGUCAGUAGAGGGCGCUGGAGGACACGGCGAGUAGUUGGUGUCGCGGUCCUGCCAGGUGUGCCCUGUGCACCUGCGGCUGCCGGGUCCCACAGUGCAGUGGCUUCCCGGGCACCCCGCCCCCGGCUGUGGGAGCUCCAGGCAGUGCCUCCCCGUGACCGCCCCACACCCUGGUGGAUUUCAGGCAAUUCUGAGGCACUGGGCAGCAAGUCCCUCCCGUCGGUAUUCUGUACAUUAAACUCUGGUCAGGCUA